GCGUUGGAGGUGCGCCUCCUCCGGCGGUAGCGCGGCCUGUCGACGCGGAGUGGGAAAUCGAGUCGACAACGGCCGGCUUCGCUCUUUUCUGCUUCCCCCAACACUCGCACCGGACUUUCUUGCUUGUCGACCGCUGCCGUUGGGGUUUCCCGCCGCUGAUUUGCCUCGCCCCGAUCACGACUGCAUACUCGCCGGAACAGAUUUGCAGGGGGGUCGAGGGAGAUAACAAAGGGCAGGUUGACGUGCUGUUCCGUUGGCUUGCAUCCCGGCCCAACACCCACGCCAGCCUUGCUUGCAGAUCCGACUUUUUUUUCUUUCUCAAUCCUUCUUUGGCGCACUUUGGUAACAGGAAGCAGGAAUACACGCACCCGUGUCACCUAAAACACUCCCCCCGCACGACCCAACUCUCAGGCCGCCAACGGAAGGACGAGAGCAAUCCCCUCCCGACCGCUCGAGGAAAGAGAAAGAAAAAAAAAAAAAUGGCGCGCGGCUCCUUCGGCCCAGUGCCGGGCGCGCUACACCUGACGCUGAUCCUGACGCUACCGCUGCUGCUGCUCCUGCUGCUCGCGCCAGCGCCGGCGCGGGCGCAGCAGCAGCAGCAGCAGCAGCAGCCGACCAUCUACUCGCCGCCCGCGGGCAGCAAGUUCAAGUACAGCGGCUGCUACAACGAGACGACGGACCUGCCGGGCACGGCGCGGGAGCGCGCGCUCGACGGCUCGCACCGCGUCUCGCCGGGCUCCAUGACGGUGCAGGCCUGCAUCGACUUUUGCGACGGCGGCGAGAAGCCCUACAAAUACGCCGGGCUCGAGUUUUCCAGGGAAUGCUGGUGUGGCAACCGCCUCUCCGUCCUCGCCACCAAGUUCGACGAUUCGGAAUGCAACACGGCCUGCGACGGUGACCAAAAGUCGAUAUGCGGCGGGCCCAUGAAGCUGUCGGUCUAUGUCAACGGAGCUCCAAGGUCAGCUGCUGGCGUGUCUGUCGUUGUCGCCAUAGCUGUUGGCGUCGCUACGACAGUGCGUAUUCUCCUCUAGCCCUCUCUCUGCGAGGGCACCACUACAUAGACAACACUCGAUUAGAUCUCUCUAGCAAGCGAAAUACAUAGUUGUAAUGCCUUUG